AGGUUCACCCUUGGCUCGGACGAAAGCUCUGACCUCCUGUCUUCUCGCUGAUCUAACCAAAAGGCCCUUUUAUUUUCUUGCUGCUGCUGUGCCUGCCUUCCUCUGAUUACAGAAUGUCUGGGUCUCCUGACACUGCUGAUCCAUCGACGCCCUGCCUUCCUGUGCUGGUACGUCCACCUCGGAUCCCUUCGCCGACCACUCCUGGCCUGCCUCCGAUGCCCACAUCGCCUGUUCUGCUGUGCCCGAUUGUGUCUCCACCUCCUUGUGAUAGUCGCCGCCCUGAAGUCCUGCACAGCCCGUCGAGUAAGACUCCUUCUCGACACAUCGCUGCCUCUGUCACUCCAUUAGGACCACCACUUCUCAGAAGUGGCCACCUGAAGCAACUACUGGCAAGGAUCACUGCUAGGCCACCUUCCACCUCCCACUCUGGUGCCACCUCCACGCUGCCUUCAUCACAUAGCCCAGAAAAGAUGCCUCCUUCCAUGGCCUGCCCACCUCUGCAGUCUCCACCAUCCUCGUCUCCUGCUCCUUCCGAGGCUACUUCCAUUGCUGGCUGUUCUCGCGCCUACCUGCGUGACGACAGGGACCCUUCUGCUAGAUCCGGACGCUUCUCCUCCUUCCCGUGUUAUGUCUGUGGAAGGAUCUUCAGCAGAAGGAAAACGCUCCAGAGACACGUCGACCGACAUGGUCCUGACUGCGUACAGAGCCAUCCAUCUCCGUUACCUCGCACCAGUACAGACUCCUGCUCCUAACCACGAAUCGCCUGUGUGCCACCACACCAGAGCAAAGACAGCUGCUGGCCACGCUUGUUCCUCCCAGCCAUGCCUGCCUGACAUGCCCCUUGCAGAAGCUUCUACUUCAUCACCUGCCUUAUCUCCUCCGACUGUACACCUCAGCUUUAUUCCCGUGGACUCGUCUUCUUCCUGCCAUGCCACGCUUGCUCCUAGGCCUUCGCCGACCCCAGUCUCUUCCUCUGACUCUACCGCUCCAUUGCCUCUCCAGGAGUCCGUGACGGAUGAUUCAUCCUUUCCUGCUGCCUCCCCGUCCCCAGUUGCACCCAGCUCAUCACCUCCUGGCGACCCUUCCCUCAUGCCUAAUGACGUGCUACCAAGUUCGCUGCCUCCUCCAGUCUCCGCUUCUGCUCCAAUGGACAUGACGCCCGCUGGUGCCUCAUCUGCUGUUCCUGCUCCCGAGUCCACAUGCCGCGUCGACAGGACCGUCCAUCUCGGCUC